CCCGCGCGGCCAAUUACAGUUGGAUCGCCUGCGCCGCCCACAACUUUCGCAUCAGCGAGGCCGACCUCGCCAGCAUCAAGACCUUCGCCCUCGAUGACAUCAACGACGCGAAGUUGCACCCCCUCCUCAAGUCCGUCUGGUUCCUCGGCGAAUGGAACUUCCUGGACGCCGAUGACCGCGCGCAGGUCGUCAGGACACCUCUUGCCCCCGAGCGCCAUCGUUCGGCGCAGCACGUCGCUACCUGGGCUACCUUGCUCAAUGCCUGCACCACUUACGAGACUUCGGAGGCCGCGCAUUACGUCAAGGGUAAAUAUGCCCGUCUUGACCGCAUCGCUAGUACCAUUCCCCCCUGGGCCAUCGGCUCUGUCAGGUUCGCGGUCUCUGUGCUUGAUGAUCCGAUGCGCCUCCGGCUGAUGAAGGUCAGCGAUCACGCCGCUGUCACGGUGCACACUGGACAGCGCGCUUCACGCCCGGCUCGCCGUCAAGUCAUUCCUCGCGAAGUCGCGCAGCAUCCCUUCUUCAAGGAGAUCCACGACACCAUGUGCACGAACAUCAACAUGUCUGAUUUGCCCACCGUCCUGAGGUGGCAGACUCACAAGGAGAUUAUCCGGGAAGCGGGCCGGAUCGUGCGCAAUUUCACCUUGAAGAGUACUCCCGACGUCGCGCUCGCGAAAAAAUUCGCCAUGUCCUUCUUUGCUCGUGCCAUUUGGCAGGACGACCCCCACCUCGCCAAGGCCGUCCUCACCAAUUUCGCACAGGGCUACGACUACGUCGCAAUCAAUGCCUCCGCGGAGGCUGACCGCCUCGAGGCCCAAGCCGCGGGUCGCAACAGCCCAGGCGUGGCGAAGCGGCUCCGGGCACGCGCGCACGUAGUCAAGAACAAGGCCAAGCUCCACCUGCAUUCCGCCAGAAAGCUGGCACUGGGUGCAUUCGCCACGCCCAACCCGCUCGGCGGCGAGCAAUUGAUCCGCCACCCUCAGGAUCAAGCUCAGGCGCUCGCCCGGGCCUGGGCGCCGCACUUCAUGCCACAGCCCACGGACACUCGCCUCGCCGAGACCUUUCUCGACAAGUGGGCCCCCCCGCUCGACUGGUCCACGGCGCUGCCGCCCUCCGCGAACCUCAUCAAAUCUUUCCUUAAGUCUGCGACGGAUUCCAGUCCUGGCCCGGACGGCAUCGCUUAUUCAUUCUGGGAGCACUCGGGAGAUUGGGGCGCCGAGACGCUUCUGCAGGUCACGCUCCACACGUGCGCUGGUUUCGCCAUGCCUCUCGCUUUCAACAUGUCCGAAUCUAUCUUCCCCCCGAAAGGAUACCGCCCGUUGAACCUCAAGAACACGGACAACAAGACUUGCUCCGGCAUCCUCAACAUCAUGCUGAGGGACGUCGCUACUGCUGGUGUUUCCUCCAUCCAGCGCGGCUUCGUCGCGCAACGCCAGUUGACGCAGAACAUCGUUGACCUCGACUGCGCGGCACGCGCCUACGGCCACCCGCACCAUGCUCGACAUCUUCCCGUCCUAGCCUUCUGGGACAUCGCGCCGGCAGCACAGCUGGGCUGCCCUCUGAGCGGCUUCGUGCACGCCGUCUCCACGCACCCUUUCGCCGAACGCAUGAAGCACACAGUGGGCUUGCGAGGAUUAGGCACCGCGCGAAUCUGCGCCGACGACGUCGGCGCGGCCAUCCUCCACUUGAGCACCCUCCGGGAGUACUCCGUCACCUUCGCCUUCAUGCAGUCUUGCGCAGGCCUCCGCCUGAAGCUCAAGAAAUGCGCACUGAUUCCGCUCUACGCGGCAUUAUCCUGCCACGUGGUUGAGGUGAUACGCGACGCUUUGAUGGCUAUGGUCCCCGGCUGGGUUGAUUUCGGCAUCGCGAAGAUCGCCACCUACCUCAGCUACGCCAUGGGCCCCAACGUCGUUGACGACAUGCGGGGCCCUCCAGUGCAGAAGGGGCAGCAACGCGCCGACGCUAUAGCGCUCGCGAAGGGCUCCACCACAGUGACGAUCAAGGAGUACAACACCAAAGCGAUCCCCACCGCCAUCAUCAAUAAGCUCUGGCACGUCCCACCGUCCACGUUUACAGUGCGCGGUAUGGCGCGCGCCUCGCAGUUUGGAGCGGUCGACAUUACCUCGGCCUCCGUCGCUUUCGUCUCUGCUUUGAUCAGAGCAGCCUGCCUCGCCAACGAUUGGAAGACCCCGCUGGACCUCCUGCGCGGUGCCGACUACGAGGCUGCUCUCGAGCGCGGCGUUGGGAAUUUAGCACGUGAGGAGCCUUGGUCAAAGCAUUGGAAAUCUCCGGCCAUCGCCUGGACCCUCGAGCGUAUUACCACCGAGCAGGCGAUCGGCACCUCCAAACAACUCCACGCGGCAAUGAACGCUGCAAUCAAUGCCGUUCUGUCGUCCUUGAUCUUUGAGCCGUCGGGCGCCGUCGGGCUCCGGCUCUCCUCCGGCUUGCAGCGCACCGCCUACCGCGCGGUGAAGAGGGUGAUUUUCAACACCACCCCAGGUGAUGCACUCAAGGCCCGCCUACGUCUCCAUUGGCCCGACGCCGUCGACGACAUCGACAGCAUCGAUUUCACGAACCUCAUGAACAUCAUGAAGAAGAGCCACGCCCGGGUCGCCGGCUCCUGCUUCAAGACAUGGAUAGUGGGAUGGACGACGUCAGCGCGCCUCCACGAGGCCGUCGUUCACUCGCGCCUGUUCGGUUGUCCCGCCCGGGACGAGUGGACGCACUACGCCGACUGCUUCCCGCUCUGGUCCACCGCGUGCAGCCUCAUCGGGAAGCGCCCGCCGCCGAAGCGGUUCGAUACGCUCGCCUUGAAUCCCAAGACGGCCGACGAGCUCAAGACAACUUUCAUCGCAUACGAGACGUACCACAAGAUCAAGCACUCGCACCUCAGCGACGCACUCCG